UUCGAAAAAAGAAAAUUUAAAGCUUAAUGCUCUAGGCUUGCUACCCCAUCAUGCAUGCACCUUUCUUAUCUUUAUAUCCAUUUCAAUCUCUUUAUUCCACUCUCUACUAUAUCUAUAUCCUUCCUUUCUCUUCUAGAGGUCACAUGCAGAGAUUGGCGUAGACAAGACACAGAAUUAAUGGAGCGUGAGCAGAUAAUGAGCAAGAGCAUGAAGAUAGAGAUUUCAUCAGAGUCUGAUAGUGUUACCAAGUUUCCAGUCACUCCUACUUCUGCUAUGACUCAGCUUACAAGACAACCGAGUGUUACAAAAAGCAGCUGUCUGUGUUCUCCGACUUCACAUGCUGGUUCAUUCCGGUGCAGGCUUCACCGUGCCCCAACCCUCCAACGAACCAAAAGCAUAGACUCUGCAUCGCCCCGAGGCCCAUUUAGUCAGGUCGAUGCCACAGCUGACGAUGCCACUUCUGCUACUAUCAGUGCAAAUAUAUAAAGACGAGGCCUAGUGGUUCACAUAAUUUAUCAAGUGUCUGUGUGUGUGGGCUGUGCUGCUAUAUAGAUAUAUCCUGUGUGGUUGUUUGCUGUGAUACCAGUACUGUUCUACGUUUACCAUUUCACCUCCUUAUCUUUUGCAUCUGUCUCUCUUAUUGGAGAACCAAUAUAAGUUAUAAAGUGAAUCAUUCUUUUAAAAA